AACCUCGGCUCACUCCAACUUUAUGACCUCACUCACCUCCAAAUAAACAACAUUAAGAACAAUCCAGCUCACCAGAACAGACAAAUAAAAAAGGGCAUGAAGAAAAGAAAAGAGCAGAGAAGAAGAUGGUUCUGUGCAGCUUCCACCUCUUUGCCCUCAAGGAAGGCCACACGCCGCCAACGUUCCUCUCGGCACUGCACAAAGCCGGGAUCAAGCCCAUAGUCCAAGCGCUCGUACUCCGCUGGAUGAUUCUCCCCCAGGUAAUAUCAACCGGUCACUUGCUAGCCCGCAACGUCCGCUGGGACAUGUUGCUCGUAUUACCUGAGGGUUCCCACAUAAGCGAAUCUCUGCGCGCGUCCGCAAUUGCGGCGGAAUGGACAGCGAGCAUAGGGACAUCGUCAAAGCUUCUCUCAAGCUACUCCUCGCUGAACGCAGAGCUGCUGAACCCGGUGCCAGGAACCGUGCCACCUGCGUCAUUGGACCUUGCGGCAGCCGCGCAGGCCGAGUCCUCGCAGAACCUCGAGCUCACGCCUGAGCUCGCCUCCUUCAUCGCCGCGUUGCCGGCGCACAUAAAAACGCGCCCGGUAAGCAUGCUCAAUCUGCUCUCCUUGAACGAGGGCAAACACGCGCAAUACGUCAAGUACGGACACGAGUUCAGCUCGCGAGUUGGUGCGCGGUAUGGCGGGCGUGUAAAGAUUGUUGGCAAAGUGACGAGUUCAGGGGUUGUCGAGCCUAAGGAAGGAGACGUUAGGAAGCAACAGCAGGAGGGUUGGGACGAGAUAGCAUUUGUGCAUUAUCCAAGCAUUACCCAUUUUGCAUCAAUGGCGGCCGAUAACGACUAUCAGGGUGUGAACCAUAAAUAUAGGCUGGGAGCCCUGAAAGAUACAUUCAUCAUCUGCGUUGUGGAGAUAUCACCCGACGGGAAGUUGGUUUGUGAAGCAGAGAAAGAGAACAAGAUGAAAUUGUGACAAAAGAAAAUCAUCUUCCAAAGUUAAUUUAUGGCUAGUGGUCACUAAUCUGUCCUGUAGCCUGGUAUCACAGCACGGG